GUACGGUGGAGAUAAAAGAUGACGGUCAGCUAGUAAUGAUAAAACUCGGGCUGUAGACAAAUGAGCAUUUCGUUAGUUUAAACGCUAAGCUAAUUUAAGCUGAAACUGAGCUACGCUACGUUUAUGGGGAAAGUUUGCGACGUAUAAUAAUAACAAUAAUAAUAACGGGUUUGUGUAACGGUUUCUCAAGUUAGCGUGCAGUCAGACAGAAAAUGAAACAUGCUAACAUUUCUUUGCGUCAGCUUUAUGCUAAUGUUUAGUUAGCUUGCUAUGAUUGUUUUGCUAACUAGCCGUAGUUAGUUAACCCUGAGUGUUUGUUUGCCAGCCGUGUGUUGUGAAUAUUAUCGUUAUGGAUACUUGGAGUCCUUAUAUUUUUUUGUUUUUAGAACUGGACUAUAGUCUCGUUAGCUAAUUAGCUAGCUAUGUGUGAGUGUGUGUGCGUUUGUUUGGCUCACCUGAGUGAUGUUCUAGUUAUUUACUUAUCUAGUUAUCUGCAUUAGAGCUUAGUCUUAUUGUCCUGAUGGGUUUGAAAGGCAGGAUGCAUUUCACACAGAAGACUGUCUGCUUUCUGCUGCUGCUCUUCUCAAUCAUCAGCUUUAAAGUGACAGCUGAAGUGGAACAAGAAGGCGAUGAUGACCAGGAGACCAGUUUUUCUCAGUUUUCACACGAUGACAAGAGCGACGAUGAUGACGACGAGGACGAGAUCGUCGUGACGGGACACUCGGUUACCCCCGAAGAAGAGGCCGAGAUGAAGGCGGAGCUUCAGCGCGAGGACACGAGAGAGCGAGGGGAGGAGAGCGAACCGGAGGAGAUCCAGAAGGAGGACCUUCCAAGCCAACCUCCUCCUAUAGACGCGAAGCCCAGGGAGGUUCCCAUGGUGAUAGGUGGCACAGCCUCCGGGGAGCCCUGCCUGUUUCCCUUCCUGUUCCUGGGGACGGAGUACAUGGACUGUACCACCGAGGGCCGGGAGGACGGCCGACUGUGGUGUGCAACCACCUACGACUACGAGCGCGACAAGAAAUGGGGCUUCUGUGAAACGGAGGAGCAGGCGGAGAAGCGGAGACUGGCAGAGGAGGCGGAGGAGCAGUACCAACACACACUCAGACUCCUGAACAACACCAGCAGAAAGAGUCAGAAGAGAGAGUUGUAUGAGAAGCUGGUGAAGGUGGCGGAGAUGGGUCACACCAAGGCCAUGGAGAAGGUGGGCUACGCCAUGCUGCUGGGAGAUUACCUUCCUCAGAACGUUCAGCAAGCCAGGGAGAUUUUUGAGAAGCUGGCGCUCGAGGGCUCGCCCAAAUCCCAGACGGCUCUGGGGUUCCUCUACGCAGCUGGAUUAGGAGUGAACUCCAGUCAAGCCAAAGCGUUGGUGUAUUACACGUUCGGAGCUCUGGGAGGAAACCUGAUCGCACACAUGAUCCUGGGUUACAGGUACUGGGGAGGUGUUGGGGUUCCUCAGAGCUGCGAGUCCGCCCUCACUCACUACAGACUGGUAGCCAAUCACGUGGCCAGUGACGUGUCCCUGACGGGGGGCAGUGCGGUGCAGAGGAUCAGGCUGCUGGACGAGUUGGAGAACCCCGGUUCUCCUAGUGGUAUGCUGGAGGAGGAUCUGAUCCAGUACUACCAGUUUCUGGCUGAAAAGGGGGACGUCCAGGCGCAGGUGGGUUUGGGUCAGUUACACUUACACGGAGGCCGAGGAGUGGAGCAGAAUCAUCAGAGAGCUUAUGAAUACUUUAACCAGGCUGCUAAUGCAGGAAACACACACGCUAUGGCUUUCCUUGGAAAGAUGUACUCCGAGGGCAGUGAGUUUAUACCCCAGAACAACGAGACAGCGCUGCAUUACUUUAAGAAGGCCUCGGAGCAGGGGAACCCGGUGGGUCAGAGUGGACUCGGCAUGGCCUACCUGUACGGUAGAGGUGUUCCUGUGAACUAUGAGCUUGCACUCAAAUACUUCCAGAAAGCUGCAGAGCAAGGCUGGGUGGAUGGACAGCUACAGCUGGGAACUAUGUACUACAACGGUAUCGGAGUGAAGCGUGACUAUAAGCAGGCUCUGAAGUUCUUUAACCUGGCGUCUCAGGCGGGUCACAUCCUGGCCUUCUAUAACCUGGCCCAGAUGCACGCUACAGGAACCGGAGUGAUGCGCUCCUGUCACACGGCUGUGGAGCUGUUUAAGAACGUGUGUGAGCGUGGCCGGUGGUCAGAGAGGCUGAUGAGUGCUUACGGCAGCUUUAAGGAGGGAGACAUGGACUCUGCUCUGGUUCAGUAUCUGCUCCUGGCUGAACAGGGCUACGAGGUGGCGCAGAGUAACGUCGCCUUCAUCCUCGACCAGAAGCAGUCCCAGAUCUUCAGUGAUAAUGAAACCUACCCUCGAGCUCUCCUUCACUGGACCAGAGCGGCUGCUCAAGGUUACACAGUGGCCAGGAUUAAGCUGGGUGAUUAUCAUUUCUAUGGUUACGGCACUGAUGUGGAUUACGAGACGGCGAUGAUCCACUACAGACUGGCGUCUGAGCAGCAGCACAGCGCACAGGCCAUGUUCAACCUGGGAUACAUGCACGAGAAAGGCCUUGGCAUUAAACAGGACAUCCAUCUGGCUAAGCGUUUCUAUGACAUGGCCGCAGAGGCGAGUCCUGACGCCCAGGUGCCCGUGUUCCUCGCCCUGUGCAAACUGGGACUUGUCUACACGCUGCAGUACUUCCAGGAGCUGAACCUGAAGGAGCUUCUCUCUCAGGUGGAUCUGGACCAGUUGCUGGGUCCAGAGUGGGAUCUUUACCUCAUGACCGUGAUCGCUCUGCUCCUGGGUACCGUCAUCGCGUACAGACAGAGACAGCACCAACCCGUACCGAGAGCCCCGCCCGCCCCGCCCAGACCCGUCCCCCAGCCGGAGCAGGCCGGCCCCGCCCCCGAACCCGACCGCGAUUGAAGUUCUACAAGGAAUACAGUGAAUAGACGCUCACAAGAGACCUGAGACUGGGAGGAAGGCGGAGCCUGAGCGGCUCUCUCCUCCCACACCAGUAUUAGUUAAAGGGACAGACCCACUCUCAUGAUGCUCAGUGGGGGUGUCUUUCUCUCAUACACACACACCAUGCGCUUAGAGAACACGGACUUGGCUCUAAAGCGUACGGCUCAGGGUACAACACACCGAGGCUUCACUCUCACGUGUGUGUGUGUGUGCAGAUUAGUGUGCACUCUUUAGGGGUGAAGUACGGCCCUUCUGGACACCACGGACCUACUGCGUUCCCCUGUUUAACAUGCGUCUAAUAAAAGUACCCUGUCCCACUUUUUUUGUUUUUGUUUUGUUAAGUAAGAAAUGAAACACACUGGAAAUCAUUCAAAACAACAACCAAAAAAAAAAACAACCCCAAUCGUUCGCAUGCUUUGCUGUAAUGUGUGUUCUUGCCAGAGUGGAGUUAAUUUAUAACCAUAAAUUAUUACAAAGAUGUUUCUCCAGCACAAAAUGUACGUAAAGUAGAAUCAUUAAAGUCCCCCUGAAGUCC